AUGCGGUUGAGCCUGCUUUCAUUACUGGAGCAAGCAUUAUUAGCUGCACCCUCCAAGAAGGCGGAUUUCACGAACUGUGUCUCUUUGAUCACCAAGAUUGGCAAUAUCACGAUGAAGACGAUGAAGUUUUUGCUUCUCAUAACUUUGACACUUCUAAUAACCUUCUCAACUGCUCAGUACGGAUAUGGGCCUAGGGCCGGUUACGGUGGCUACGGUGGUGGCUAUGGAUAUGGGCAGCCACGUUAUGGUGGUUAUGGUUAUGGCAAUCGCCCACCACCUCUCCCUAGACCCGGUUAUGGUGGCUAUGGUGGCUAUGGUGGCUACGGUGGCGGCUACGGAUACGGUCGCCGACCAUAUGCACUGGUCUAAGCGUGGACGGUGUAUGUCCGGCAGGUUUAUGCUCGCAAUACCAACAGUAUGUGCUGCAGAGUCGUAAUAUGAAAUCAAAAUGCAUUGCUUGUAUUCUCGGGCU